GCAAGGCGUUCAUCCUGAGUUCCGAACCACAACGCUGAUGGAAGCAGCUCCGAAAUGCAAGUCAAAACAUUCAAAGCGGUCCGGACCGCCUUUGUGUGCUGCUUCAUCUUCGUAAUUCUGUGGCAGCUCUGCCUGAGUGAUAUCCACCCCUCGUUCCAGUUGACUCCCCUUGGUGCCUAUACCUCAACUCUUGAGGUCGACUGGUCCCGAUUUGCUUAUACCCAGUAUGCCACCAGCCGAGCCUAUCUCUGCAACUCAGUGAUGUUGUUUGAGACCCUGCAUCGCCUAGGCAGUCGAGCGGAUCGCCUGUUAAUGUAUCCAUCGGACUUCUCCACCGAUGACAACUCCAGGGUUGCGAAGUUGCUCCGCAAAGCCCGCGAUGAGUAUGGGGUCAAGCUGGUCCCAGUUGAGCUACAGCACCGAAAGGGCGUUUCCGACAAGACAUGGGCAGACAGCUACACCAAGCUUCUCGCUUUUAAUCAAACCCAGUACGAUCGCGUACUGAGCCUGGACUCCGACUCGACUCUUCUCCAGUCCCUGGACGAACUCUUCCUGCUCCCACCAUCACCCGUAGUCCUCCCCCGAGCAUACUGGCUCAGCCCCGCGAGCCGGACGAUGAGCACCCUAAUCGCAUUGAUCGAGCCCUCUGCGUCCGAGUUCCACCGCAUCCAACAAGCGAUCGCCAACGCCGGGCCGACCGAAUUCGACAUGGAGAUCGUCAACCAGCUGUACCAGGGCCGCGCGGGAAACAUCCCCCACCGGCCUUACUACCUCCUGACCGGCGAAUUUCGCGCCACAGACCAUAUCGCCUAUCUCGGCGAUCCGCAGGAAUCCUGGGACCCGGUCGAGGUCUUCAAUCAGACAAAGUUCCUGCAUUUCUCUGACUGGCCGCUCCCAAAGCCUUGGUUCCGGGCCAAUACAAGUAUCAUCGAGGCGAAUCAGCCAAGGUGUGAUCUGAGCCCUCAGACGGGCUACUUUGACGACUGUCGCGCGCGAGAUAUCUGGCGCGGCAUCUAUGAUGAUUUUGCCUCGAGACGACAGGCGGUAUGUAACAUGGCGGUCAAAGAUGUAUACAUAGUAUGAUGAUGUAUUUCCAUCCCCUCUUGUUCUUUGGUAUCAUGCUCUUCUCUUUCGUUGAAGGGGUUUAUUUUCAGUGUGCCUGGUUAGCAUGCUAUGUAGUUUUAUUGGGAGGUCCUCAGGACAGGAUCGUUUUUAUGGAGGUCUGAUGCGUAUAAGUCUUUUCAGCUCGAGAUCAUGGAUAGAUUAGAUCUGGUUUUGCUA